AUGCUCAGAUGCGAUGACAUUUAACAGAAUCAAAAAGUUAUUAUAGAUGACAAUUCCAACUCAUUGACAGGCUAUUUUAACUGUUCGGUAGAUUGGACUACAGAUCCCAGAAUGCUAUGCGGCUCCGGCGGGUGCCAUCAGUAGUCACGUGAGUGGGCCUGCUCUCCGGGCCUCGGGAGCCGGUGACAAUGUUACGGGAAUUGGAAGAUGGCGACUCUGCCUGGUGGCAAGAGGCCACGUUGCUGGUGCCGAAGGAGGAGCCGGACGAGUUGCCUCCCGGGCAAGGGGCGUCGACGGCACAGGAGCCUGGAACUGGGCCCGUCCUGGAGCGGGCCAGAGGCGUGGGCAGUUACCUGCGUAAAGUGGCUACGUCUGCUACAAAGAAAGUUUCCGACUCAAUGCGAGAAACUGCCCAAACAAUCAAGAAAUCCGUUGAAGAGCAUAAAAUAGGCACUCUCCUUGAUAUGACAAUCAUUGGAAACUUCAAUAAGGAGCAAGAAAAAUUUAUGAAAGAGCAAAAAUCAAAGAAAUCAGGAUCAGCCCUUCCACCAUGGGCUGGAUAUACUGAGGAGGAAACUGUGAAGAAGCAAGUUCUCUCUCUGUCCUCAGAUCGCCGGAACUUUCUGCAGGACCCUCCUGUAGGUGUACGAUUUAAUUUUGAUUUCAACACCGUGGCGCCUGUUGCCAUGGUGAUGCUCCGGGAGGACGAGCAGCUGAGCAAAAUGCGUUUUGAGCUUGUCCCUAAACUUAUAAAGGAAGAGCAGUUCUGGAGAAAUUACUUUUACCGAAUCUCUUUCAUUAAACGAUCAGCACAGCUCUUGUCUUUAGCUGCCGGGCAACCCGUAGGCUCCAGAGAGGAACCACAUCAUUUGGAAAGCAACUUUCCCACUACAGAUUCAGAGCUUUCGAAGACAUCCCUGGUGCCAAGGAGAAAAUCCAAGGAAUCUGUAGGGGUUCACCCUUCAGAAGAUUUUUCAAUAAGCCCAACCGUUAAUGAGUUUGUGAGUGACGGGUAUGGCAUGUCGUUGCUGAAUCAAGAAGACGUCUCGAGGGAGAUGGAACAACUGGGCAUGAGUGCUGGUCAGCCAACGCCUGUUGACAAUGCAGAUGACAUUCCCGAGUGGGAGAAAGAGCUGCAGAGAGAACUACAGGAAUUUGAAAUUAUUCAUGAAACAGUAAACGUUAGUGAAGCCUGGGAGAAAGAAAUAGAGGCGUUGCUUCGAGAAGAGGACUAAAGGGCUUGCAGGAGGAACCUUGAUCCAUUCCGUUGACCCGAGGAAGCAGUAUUUGAUGAACUAAUUUUCUCAAACUAUUUCCAAAGAGAUAAAGAAUACUUAUUUGGUUCAUAGUAAGAUUUAAGCUUUAAAUAUCUCAACACCACCAGCUUAAUAAUAAUAAUCUUAUUUAUCGAGCACUUUCCAUACAGCUGAUAUAGUUCAAAGUGUUUUACAACAGGAUAAAGUGUAAACAUGAAAAUAAAAGACAGAAUAAUUAAAUAGGUGGCACUUAAAAGACCAUAAGAUAUAGGAACAGAAUUAGGCCAUUUGGCCUGUCAAAUCUUCUCUGCCAUUUCAUCAUGGCUGAUCCAUUUUCUCUCUCAGCCACAAUCUCUUGCCUUCUCUCCGUAUCUCUUCAUACCCUGACUAAUCAAGAAUUUACCAACCUCUGCCUUAAAAGUCACAAUUAAGUCUGCAUUCCUUAUAGUCUCAGGUGUUGAAUUCCACAAUUUAGGAGCGUAGUUCAAAAAAGCUGACCUGCCAAUUAUCGUUUGAAGGAGGUUGUUUAAAUUUAAGAGACCAGCGGUAGACAAAGCUCGAGCAGCAUUAUUUAAACGAAAGCAAUUCUGUGAUGUCCUUCACUCCCAGAUCAUAAAGAGCUUUCGAAACAAGUGAGAGAACCUUUUCAAUUCUCAAAGGUACAGGAAGCCAAUGUAGUGUUCUGAUAUGAACAGAGUCACCAGAGAGACACUGAAUCUAGUGGAUAUAGAAUUGUUUCAUUCAUCAAAAGUGAGCAAUAGGCAUCAUAUUGAGACACUCUUGGAAGAAGAGGCCUCCUCGCCCCAAUAUUACACAACAUUUUAAAAUGCUAAAGAUCAAAGUUAACAGCAUGGCAAUUCUGUAGUUAGGUAUCUAUAAUGCUUCCUUUGAAUUACAUGUAGUUUCCAAACACCACUUCCUUUGCACCCACACCCUAGACACCCAAAAUGAAUGUUAAUCUCCACUGACUUCAUGCAUAUGCAGGCUUCUGGGGUUAAAUGGAAAGCCAUUGCUCAGAGCUGCAUUUCAAUUCAAUCUGCAGUCCUGUUAAAAUUAAUAUUUGACAUAGACCAUAACUCUAGAAUGUACCCUAACAGCAGAGAAGCUAGGACACCAGUGAUAUGUUCCCUCAUCCUGGUUUUAGUUUCAAGCUUAAUUAGCUCAAUUUUAGCUGAAUUACUAAUGUUCUCAGCGCAUUACCUGCUCUUUAUGAUUUUUUAUUGUUAAUAUGAUAUUCUUUUUUUUUAAACUUUUUUUAUUGCAUUUUUAAAUGGUUACAAAGUAUGAAAAAACAAUGUAUAUAACCCAUACCCCCUCCCC